GCAAUACCUGGACUGGGCUGUUCCUUUUCACAGGACAGGACCUGAGGAAUCAGCCAUCGCCCCAAAGCAUGCCAGGGCAGUGCUCCACCAGCACUCUCUGUGGUCGAACAGUGAACCCCCUCAUUCCGCCCUGGCCGCUGCCCGACAAACCCGUCCCUCUUGGACUGCGGGUGAUCUCAUCACCUGCUUCCAUUCCCUUCCCAUCACCUUACACCACGACAGUCAACAUCCGAGCAAUAGCACUAGGCUGGCAACUUGGGCUGGCCCGGACCAUCUUUGUCGGCCGGUCUACAAACGAGACCAUCUUUGGAGUCUUUUUUCAUCUUCCAACUCGUAAUCAGAAUACCGAGGGAAUAUACGGUCGAGCCAUCCAGACUCACAGACGGCAACGAGGUUUGCUUGGUGCUCGACGUACUCCACCAGCCGAACGGUUCAUCCCAUUUACAACCACGUUUCUCCAUCCAUUCUUCGCACCGUUCCUUUUCCGGUCCCAUUCCUUCCCCGCUCUUUGCUCUACCGGCUUGCAAGAUACCUUUAACCCCCAACACAUCAAAGCACUGCAUUGCUUGUACUUCUAAUUGUGCCGUUGGCCACCGAAAUCCCACCCGCCAGCAGCAGGGAAGUCCGCCUUGCGGUUCCUUCAUCGCCGCACACGCCUCCCUGGAACACUGCCCACGCUCCUUCCCGCCGGAGCCGAGCCAUUCUCGCGAAUCUGAUGAAUUAACAAC